CAAAUUGACAGUGUACAAGUUGUUGACAAUGACGUUUAACGCUGUACCCCGAUCGUCUCAUUUAACGUUGCAACAGUUGCUGUAUUAUGACAAGUUUCUCUUCACAAAAUCAGACCCAUUGCAGAGCCCAUCAGCUUCUGGGAAAUCACGUUUUCUAGAAGAAUUUGAUCAAAUCGAGUUACUCAGCAAAGGAGCAUUCGGCCAUGUUUACAAGGCUAAAAAGAAGAUGGAGAACAAGAAGUAUGCUGUCAAGUGCAUUAAACUCGACAAAAAUCACGAAGAAAUGGCGCAGGACAGCACGAGAGAAGUUAGAGUACUGUCAGAUAUAAAACAUCGUAAUAUAGUGUUCUACUACAACGCCUGGUACGAGAAGUAUCCGCCGCCUCUCGGGCAUCACGACGAUGGCACGAAUGAUGAAAACGGUGACUGCUCGAGUGAAAGCGAUUACAACAGUUUCGAUCCUAAACGCCUUGAAGAGGCACAAGAACGUUACGAAAAUGUCACACGCCGAUCGAAUGAUUUGACAUCCUCUUCUCAAAGACAAGGUAGCAGUGACACCGACAGUGAUGUUUCUCACCGAACUGGAAUGAACGAUCAAAUACCACAACAAGAAAGGCCGCCUAUCUCAUCUUACCAAUCUACGGAAUCGUCACUGCAGCCAUCCGAAAAUUACACUUAUCUUUACAUCCAGAUGGAACUGUGCCAACAAGAAAAUCUUGCCAAUUGGUUGAAGACUCGACAACCAAGCAACUUAGAAGUUGAUCAAAUUUUCCGUGAAAUUUUAUCAGCAGUAAAUUAUCUCCACAGCAAGGGUUUGGUCCAUCGUGAUUUGAAACCAAACAACAUUUUGUUCGAUUCCGACUGGUCGAUUAAAGUCGGGGACUUUGGUUUGAGUAAAAACAUAGCUACGGACGGAGGAUGCCAAUCCGUUAAUUUAAGCACGGAAGAAAAGAAGUCGAACACGUUCGAUACCCGGAUGAAUCACACCAUUUAUGUUGGCACUAAACCUUACAUGGCACCUGAGCAAGAGAAUUCCCAGACGUACGAUCACAAAGUGGACGUCUAUGCCUUAGCUAUAAUCCUCUUCGAACUGAAGAUGGGCCCAUUCAAAACUGCUUCUGAGCGUGUGAAUUCCAUCGCCCAAUUGAAGUCCUUCCAGCUUUCGCAAGAUUUCAAAUGCAGCAUUAAAUUGAAACAGUUACUCUACUCUAUGCUGUCUAUUGAGCCUGACAAAAGGCCAAAAGUCGAAGACAUUCUUUUGGAGCAUUUCCCCAAAAAAGUCAAACAGCUCAAUGAUCGUCCGAUUAAACCACCUAAUGCACUCGGCUCCUCCCGUGCACCCCUGCGACAUGCUCGUGAUAUCUUCCAUUCCAAAUUGUUGAUGUUCUUCCUGAACCGAGGUAUUCGUCAGGGCUACGAAUUUCACAUGGGUGCCAAAAUGCCCAGUUUGGGUGGUCAAUUUGGCGACUUGGUUUUCAAGUACCACGUCAAUUCUUCGGCUGGAAAGAACGGAAGCUGGCGUUAUCUACUCGUACAGGCCAACUACGAUCAAGAAGGAACAUUUAAAAUUACAGCAAAGCAAUUGCUCAGUACAAAUUCAGGCGAUUUUAACUUGGCGAAACAUUUCCGCUCCUACCUUGACAUAAGAGAAAGGGGGGACGAUAUCCACAACUGCAUUAUUUGCACAAAUGUUGGCUUCGAUAAAGAAGAUCUAAGCAAGAAUGACCUUCUAUUAGUUGUCGUCAACCCAUCAAACACCAUCCCGACUUUUGAAAAUCCGCCAUCAAGUGGACAGAAAGCUGCUUGCUAUCUACUACAAAUCACCGACCAUUUGCGUACAAAAUUCACGAAAGAUUGGUCAGACAUUCCUUUGUUGGCAAAAACUUUGCUCAAUUACGCCAAGACUUACGACUUUUACGCGUUGCGUAUUGACGUGCUUAAACGAAAUCACCGUGCUUUGGUCAACGAAAGAGUGAUUGAUUUUAAAACGAAAAAGUUUCAUUUGGACUUCGUAAACAACGUGAAUUUAUCUCCUGGCGCUUUGCAGCUACGUCAGAUUGUCUGUAAAUUGAUAGGCAAUGAACAGAUUUUAAGCAAGUGGGACUUUAAUCUCGGCCCUAACUUUGGGAAAGGUAGCAAAAACGCGGUUCAUGUUUUACCACCAAUGGUAAAGGACGAAGACAUCGUCGAAUUUUUCAACAAGCUCAUCUUUGCUGUUGACAUGCCCAAUAUAGCUGAUCUGGAUCAAAUCCUAACUGAUGAAAUUGGUCAACAUUUUAAAUUACUAGGAGCCCAUAUGCUUCAGAAAAUUUGGAAGCUGUCCCACCGAAACUUCCUGUCAUCCGAAGAUGGACUGAAGAUAUUAGAAGAAAGCAAGCAAACUAUGGUUUUAAAUAAUUUAAAUGCCAUUUCAGUGGACUACAGGGAUCGUCUUCGCCAAUUCCACUGCCAGGACGAACCAGGGAAUUUUAAACAACUGAACAAGGAACUUGAGCCAUUCCUGCAUAAAUCCAGUGAAAACAAUAUCCGUGUUUUACGUCUGACUACGACUUCGCCAAAACGUACGGCAGUCAAAGUGUUUUCAGCACUUGAAACUCGGCAAGAGGAGGAAGGUACUUAUUUGACCGUGUCAUCAAAGGGGUUGGAAGGACCCGAGAAUAUGGAGAAGUGGAAAAAUGCCCUAGAAGUUGGACCACACCAACUUCUAAUUGUUGUGUGCAAAGAUAACGUCCAGUUUCACGAAAUCUAUGACAAACUAAUUCUUCGUGGAACUUUGAAGAAGAAAGUUAUCAUCAUUUACAAAAAUCAUGAGUCCCUCGAGUUGAAAAAUGGCCAGUCAAACUUGCAAAUACCUGUAGACGGAUGGAUGGAAAUCAAAGAUCAUCUAUGGCCAUCAGAGCUCCAAUGCAUCCACGUUCACGUCGAAGAAACAAACCCAGAAACAUUCCGUAAUAUUUUCAAAUUGUUAGCAGAGCCUUGUACCACAGAAAUCGCUGUCCUGUUCGUUCAAGGAAAAAUGAACGAAAAUAUUUCCUGCUUCCAAGAGAUGGUGCCUAAAAAAUACGACGUGAUAAGAAACCAAAGCGUGCCUUUAGAUAACAAAGGCUUUAGUGCCAUAGUCGUACACCGUAGUCUAGUUUACCAGUCAAUCCUGCCAUCACGUAUAUUGCUUAAUCCCCAGCACAUAGCUGGGAUUCAGUUAUCUUUUUAUAAUUCUUUAUUGACUCUCUAUUCUGUUUAUCAUGAUGCCAAAGAUAUUGAUCUCUUCUUUUCAGAGGCACUUACAACUUGUGCUAACUCAGUACUUUGUACCAUUCCACUUGCUAGUCACGCAGGUCAUCGAGAUUAUGAACACACACCUUUGGUAUCCCUAAAAGGAGACGGAAUAACGCACGGGGUUGAUGUACACAUUAAAAAUGUGGAACGCCUUAUAUCUAAAUGUGGAAACCAAUAUGUUCGGUUUUCGGUGUUUUAAUGUUAUAGUUUUAACGUAUAAAAUUACCAUUGU